UCACCGGCUGCCCUCGGGGCUCUUUCUAGAGGAUAUUCCUUUACUCUGCCCAAAAACUCCGUGUCGCUCUUGGACUCGUUAACGCGCCGCGCUGCGUGCUUCCACGCAGUCCUUUGUGACGUCCUCAGAGAGCGUCGUGAAGACUCCAGACAGUCGCGCCGCGCUGUUUUGUUACCGUGCAGGUUUGUUUACAAUCUGCAAAAAAAACAAAAAACAAAACAACAACCGGCGGUCCCCUCAUGUCCCGGUAUUUCGAGGAGGGCUCGCUGUACCAGCUGUCGCCGGUGCGGGUCAAGCUGGAGUCCCCGGAGACGGACCGCGGCGAGUCGGAGGACGAGAUGCGUGUGAAAGACGAGGAAGGGGAGGCGGCGGAGACCGCGUCCGGGAGAGCGGGCGGGGGAAGCGGCGGGUUACCGUUUAACGUGGUGGUCGUGCACCCCAGCGUCGUGGAGACCGGGUACAGUCACCAUGACAACAGCAGCAGCGCGCAGCCGUGCCCCGCAGAGCAAGCCCCCAAGAAGCGGCGCAUGCGUUUCUCGGAGGUGGAGGGUCAUGUGGUCCUGACCCAGGUGGCGGAGCGCUGGGACGAGCUCCACGGGCAGAAGAGCAAGUCUCUGUACCGCGGCGGGAAGAAGCAGAUCUGGAAUGACAUCGCCAGGCUCGUCACGGCCAAGUCCCGCCGCGUGCGGUCCGGGGAGGACGUCCGCAAGAAGUGGACCUCGGAGAAGAAGCUGCUGAAGGAGAAGGGGGCCGGCCUGCUGCGGGCGAGGGCCUGCGGGGCGGGGGGGCCGGGGGGGCAGUUCACUGCCCUGGAGCAGCGGCUCUGGAGUCUGAUGUGCAGCACCUUCGGAGGGGGGGCCGACCGGGCAGAGGCCUGCAUGGUGGGGGGGCUGGACGUUCCCGAGAUCGGCUUCGAGGAGACCUCGCCGACGCGGACUCUGCCAGACCCCCCCCAGCGCGAGGUGGAGGAGGGGGGAGGGGAGGAAGUGUCCUCCCUGACCGACAGUGACGACCUCCCCCUUCGAACCCCCCUCCCCGGCGCGGGCACUGGGACCAGCAGAGCACCAUGGAGACCCGCCCCCCCUCCGCCGGCUCCGCACCCCCCCCCGGCCCCCUCCUCCAUCGCCCAGGCCGCCGCGGGGACCCCCCGGAGGCUGGGCCGCCCCCCGCUGCCCACGCUGGAGCCGCUGGUCCGGAAGGUGCUGGAGAGGCAGGAGGAGAUCCUGGGAGCCAACCGGACUCACACCCAGCUGCUGGGCAGCGUGGACCGCUCCCUGCAGGCCAUAGCCCACAGCAUGGCCUCGCUGGCAGCCACGCACAGCAGCUACGUGAACUUCAUGAUGGCGAGGAGCCACGGACAGAACCAGAACCACAGCCAGCAGCAGGGACAGUCCAGCCAGCACGGGUUCCCUGGGGUCAGCGUCAACGUGAAUGUGAGCGGGGGGGCUGGGAGAGGCCCCCCCCAGCCGCAGGGGGCUGUCCUGCACAGGGGGGGGCUGUUUAGCAGUAGAGACUCUGGACUACCUGAUCUGGACAAUAAAAACAAGACCGAAGAGUCGUCGCUGUGUGCUUCCGGAGCGGCGGAGCGGCACUCCCCGCACCCAGACACCCGCUACUGGGGAUAACACAGCCGGGCUUGCAAUCUAAGCAUUCCCUCUUUGGUCGCUAAUUUUUAAUAAAACACUGUCAUUGUAUUUA